AAAGGUCAUCAGAAGCAGCCAUGGGGAAGAAGAAAGGAAAGAAAAGUGGAAAGAAAAGCGGAAAAGGCAAGAAAGAGAAGAAGGAGAAGGAGCCUCAGAUGACCAUCAGGGAAGCCAUUUUAGCUUAUCAGAUCAAUGUCAAAGAAAAUGCAUUAGAGGAGUUUAUGUACGAGAUCAAGGGACUGGAGGAGAAACGCCAGAGGAAUAAAGAGAGGAAUGAGCGUCUGAAGGAGGAGCAGCUGUACCAUAUUAAAACGCUCCUGAAACAAGCCAAGGAGAGAGACCAGGAGCUAGAGCAGGUGACCGUCAUUAACAAGGAGCAGGUGGAGGUGGCGCUGAAGGAGAAAUGGAGAUCCUGCAAAGAGGAGGAGAAAGCUAUCGAGGACAUGAAGAACAAAAUUUCUGAGACGAUAAAGCAGUACGAGGAAGACCUGAUCCAGGUGAAGAAAUGGACAGAGUAUAAGAACAAAGGGAGCAUAGAACAUGCAACGCACAUCAAACUGCUCCAGGAAGAGCUGGAGGACAUGCAGAAAAACUUUGAAGAAAUGAGAGCUCAUCUUGAGAGAACUCUGAACAUAGCCAAGGAAGAGAUAAAAAAAGAAACAACAGAAAGACUAGAUGAACAAAAAUACAUAGCCUCCGAGAAAGCGAUCAAAACUCUUGACAAGUUUAGUGCCCAAGAAGUCAUUGAUAAUGACUGGUUAAAGAAAGAGUUGGAGCUUCACACAGAAGAGACCAUUUUGCUCCAAGGGGAGGUAGAGAGAUUAGAACGGGAGAAUCUAACAGUGAUGAGCGACCUGUUUGACUGUAGAAUAGAGGAUCUCAAAAUAUCAAGGAAGUUUUACCUGACCCAGUUUGAGGAUAAUGAGGAUCUUAACGAUGGUGGAAUCUUGGAGUUUGACCUGGCCAAGUCUGCAAUCAGUCAGGGUGAUGUUCCUCCUCCAAUGGCAAUCACACAAGGACCUCGCAAGCAGAGGCCGCAGAGUGCGACCCAGAGGGCGGUAGAGCAGAAAGUUUUCUCUCUCCUACCACGGGAGCAGGACCAAGCUGCCAGCGAGGAAGAGGGAUAUGGGGAGAGGGGCGAAGAGGUCUUUGCCCAACAUAGCGGAGAGGAGGAGGAAUACCUGGGUGGCUUGGACAACUAUCUCAACUUUGAUGAUGAAGAUUUUGAUGACUAUCUCAAACUAGGGCCCCUUGAACUCAAGCUUUUGAGCAUAGAAGGCCACGCUAAACCCAUCCACGAGCACAAGAAACUCUCAGUCAAAGAAGAGCAAGCCAAGCUCUCCGCGCCGGACGUCUGGCCCGUCACGGGGGACAUGUUGAGGUCGGCCACCCGCACUUCUAUGCAAGAGACAUGAGGGGAUGCAGACUGACUGGAUUCAUUUAUUUCAAUUUAAUUUAAACCAGUAGGUUUUUAAGUAUUUGAUCAAAUGUUGUUCAAAUUUGCACUGGCUGUAUUAAAAUGUUUGGGAUUAAUUAUGAAAUUGGGAACCACUGUUCUCUUCGUCAGCAGCGCUUUAUCCAGUCACACGCAUUGGUUUGUGACAUGUAUUUCCACCUCCAUUCACUUUGUUCACAGCUCUGGACCCCGUCUUACAAAGAGUUGCGAUGAUCCGAUC